CUCCACAAGGAGCAUACAUAGACAUAUUGCACAAAACAGUGUAAGUUGAACAUUCAAACAAGUAUGUGCAAGGUAAAUAAAUGUCAACAGAAKACAUGGGUUAUUGUAACAUUCAUUAUUACGAGAGCUAAUUAAAAUAAAUCGUAUUUUGCAAGGAGGAACAUACUACUUUCUUCCACUGUUGUUACACUCAAAUCUGUCCCCGAUAUGUGAGGAAUAGUUGACAGCGCACGUCGGAGUCUUUACGCAAAACAGCUACAAUGUAAUGGACUUUUAAUUUCAAAACUCAUUUAAAAGAGUUGACAAGCCGGUGCAGCAACAACAUAUUACAUUAAACUAACCAUUGAUGGUGUCCUUUGAUAAAUAUUGUUCCUGCCAAGCUUAACGUUACGGACAUCAACAAUCUUGCGCGAACCUAGUAGCUGUAAAGCUAYCUAUCUAGUCAGUUAACGUUAGCUUCUUAGCUAACAACACUCUCCUAGUCGCCGGCUAUUUUUAGUGCAAUUAGGCAGCUAUUUCCAGACCAAGGCGUCACUCUCUUACGACCUGUUAAGUAAUUAUUGUCUCCCAUGAUCUCGUUAAGUUAGCUAAUCAUUUGUACAAAAUGUCAACGACAUCGUUGGAUAAGGAAUUGCAAGAGCGCUUGAGAGAGGCGUCUGCGAUUGGAGACAUCGACGAGGUGCGGAUUUUAGUGGAAAGCGGAGUAAAUGUCAACUCUCAAAACGAAAUAAACGGGUGGUAAGAAUGUUUGCAUUGGGCAUGCAAAGAGAACCACAAACCGGUUGUGUCGUACCUGCUGAACUCUGGCGCUGACCAAGAGAUCCUCACUGCUAAAGAUGAGCUGGCUGUCCAGCUGACCUCUAAGCCUGAAAUCAGAAGACUGUUAGGAGUUGAGGAGGAGGAAGUGCCUGAAAUCAAGGAGCCUGAGUUGCCAAUCAUCCCAAACUACCUGUCCAACCACCAUUCAUGUACAGUAAGAUGGACAACAAGGCUGAGCUCAUAUUGGCACAGACACCCCGAGCCCGAGAGAGGGGCCUUCAUUCCAUUGGCGCAGCAGAACGGAGUGUUGCCGAGCCCCGCCUCGUCUCUCACCGUCAACGGAGGCUGCCUAUGGACCUCUCCAUGGAGCCCCACCUGGUCAACCAUGGGGAGUACCACACUCGGUGCCCAUAAUGGGCCUGUGUGCUCUCCUCCCCUGCCCUCCCCCAGCACCACCAGCAGUAGCAGCCAAGCCCAGAUGGCUAACGCUAACCCAUCUAUGACCCGGCAGCAGUCCCUCCCUCAGCAGCUCAACUGUGGCCAGGGUGCUGGGGGUAACAUGCCUGCCUUCCAGCCUUUCUUCUUUACCAGUACAUUCCCUGUCAAUGUGCAAGAGCUGGUCCUAAAGGUGCGCAUCCAGAACCCCAACGCGCGGGAGAACGACUUCAUCGAGGUGGAGCUGGACAGACAGGAGCUGACCUACCGCUCGCUGCUCCGGGUGUGCUGCCGCGAGCUGGACAUCAGCGCCGAACACGUGGAGAAGAUCCGCAAGCUGCCCAACACCAUGCUACGAAAGGACAAAGACGUGUGGCUGCAGGACUUCCAGGAGUUAGAGGUGGUGCUGGAGAAGGCUGAGGCCUGGCACUCCUCUCUGGGGCGGAGCCUCACCGACAGACCCUGCUACAACAUGAAGGCCUCCAGACUCACCUACUAGAGACCCUGACAGACACCAGACAGACCUACAGACACCCAGACAGACCCUGACAGAACCCAGAGACCUGACAGACACCCAGACAGACCCUGAUGUCCAUAUGGACCCUACUAGCUCUCUAAUGGCCGUAAUAGCCACUAUCGUUAUUAGUCAAUUUCAUUGCAUUAUGAUCCGGUGUCGUUCAGGCAGCGUUAUUGGGUUUGUUUAAAAAUCCUGUUGUGUUAGCUAGGUAACGUGUCGCCCUGCCUGUCCUUGCCUUGCUCCCUGCCAGUCUGUCCCAUGCAGCGCUCGCUAACCGAUUACUCAUGCAUCAUGUCCUCAGUUAUAUACUGAAGAAUUUGGGCCUCCUUCCCUCUCUCUCCCCUCUUUCUUUCCCUCUGUCCCACUCUCUCCUCCUCUCUAGUUUGUGUUGUCGGGCUACAGUGGGACAUUGGCGUUGAGGACAGUGACAGUCUUCCUAGAUGGCUUAACUUAUGUACUGUACCCCUUUGUACUGGGCAUUAGUCAUACAUGUACUGUGGACUUGGCUCUGUGGAUGAUGGGGGUUGAGAAAGAGUAGAGGCCAUUUGAACAGCUCUUCUGUAUAGAGCCAUGGCUCUUAGUCCAACAUGGCGGGCUUAGUACAAUGUUGCAACACAGCUGACUUGCACACAGCAACAUGCAGUACUGCCGCUUUAGUGACAUAACAGGUGGCUGCCGACGUUCCAACUGGCAUUCACACAUGCUGCAGACUACACACACACACACACACUCAGUCAUACUCCCACACUUCCAGUGAUAUUUCCAGUUUUUCUUUCAGUGGUUGCCCAUGUUAUCACACUACCCUGUUUAUUUGUUCUUAGGUGGAUGCUGAUGGAGCUAUUAACAGAGAUGUUGCUUUUGUGCUACUGAGGUUUGAUCUCUAAGAGGGAGUGGGUGUGUAGUGUUGUCUCUCUUUGUGCUACUGAGGUUUGAUCAUCUAAGAGGGAGUGGGUGUGAGUGUUGUCUCUCUUUGUGCUACUGAGGUUGAUCAUCUAAGAGGGAGUGGUGUGAGUGUUGUCUCUCUUUGUGCUACUGAG